UUCUCGCUCUCUUCCUUUUUCUUUCUGCACUAUUAUUUGUUCCUUCUCUCUCAAUAACCUUUUCUCGUUUUCCUUCGCUUUCUGUCCAUUCCAAAUAUUUCAUCACAUCACCAUUGCCGUACAUAUUUUAUGUUUUUGUUGAUUGAUUCUAAAUUUUAAUUGUGAAGAGAUCUAGGGUUGUGCCCCUGAAGCUCCCAAUCUGAAUAUCUGAACCGCAUUUGUUCCAUUUCGAUAUAGCAGUAUCAACUUAAUGCAUUUUUUUUUAAAGGAGGAAAGAAAAAUCAAACUUAGGAUCAGCGUUGAUCUCUGUGCGCAGUGAUUUGGUUUGUGAAUGAGAGAUACGGUAACGAGAUUGUUUUAGAUGAAAAUGGAGGUCGUCGUCACUGAUGCGGCGUCGUUGGACGUCGAAUUGUUGCUGCUCCCAGACUUUUCCGCUUUGAAACUCAAGUCUAACCACAAUUUCAUCGAGAAGCUCUUCGACCAAUGGUUGUCGCUUCCGGAAAGUAAUCGAUUGGUAACAUCGUUACUCAAUGAAGCAAAGUCGGGUGUUCCCUUGAAUGUCCCGGGGAAUUGCUCUAGUCCAAAUGCUACCAGUAAUUCUGCGCCUUCCAUGUUUCCUGCUGGCACUGCUCCGCCUCUUUCACCAAGAACAUCUGGUUCCCCUCGCAUUCUGAAACAACGAGUUGGGUUUUCCAAUUUGGGUUCCCCUUUGAAAGUUGUCAGUGAGCCAGUUAAAGAAGUGAUACCACAGUUCUACUAUCAAAAUGGACGUCCACCUACAAAUGAACUCAAAGAACAGUGCUUGUUUAAAAUUGAUCGAGCAUUUCAUCGACAUAUGGAUGGCCUGCAGGUUCAUGAAUUCAAAUCAAUUACUAAGGAAGUUUGCAAGCUGCCAUCUUUUUUUUCCACUACUCUUUUCCGAAAGAUUGACAAUGGAACUGGUGUUGUGACAAGGAACGCAUUUGUUGAAUAUUGGAUUAAUGGCAACAUGUUGACAAUGGAUAUAGCUACGGUAAUAUUCAAAAUAUUAAAGCAACCACAGCUGAGUUACAUUACUCAGGAUGAUUUUAAGCCUGUGCUUCGUGAGCUUUUAGCAACUCAUCCAGGCCUGGAGUUCCUGCAGAGCACGCCUGAGUUUCAAGAGCGAUAUGGUUUGUAAUUGUUUGUUUUUUUUUUGUAAGCAUAUGGUUUGUAAUUGUAGAUUGAUGCAAUGAUUUAAAAUUCUUCUAUCACAUGUAGUUCAUUGAAACUUUAUUUUUCCUAUCGAGUGGAAAUUUUGUUUCAUUUACUAAUCAGUUUCCAUGAGAUAUACUCAGGCUUGGUCUUUCUGUGACUUGCCAUGGUAUCUAAUAAGACCCCUAUGCCUAAGGUGUA